AGCAAAAGUGAAUCUUUGGGGAGCCGACCUCGGCCACACGUUUGAGUAGGAUUCCCGAUGCGACUCGCGAUGAACAUGAUGAACACCGCUUCGUCAUUGUUCCAAACAUCGAUACUCACGGCAGUCGACAACUCGAUUCACUGGAUCCAGCAAGGGCAGAGAAACUGAGAAUACAAGCUUUAGCUCCCUCCUCUUUCAGGCGCGCGCGCGAGCGAGUGUGCGGGGACGAGUUCCGAGAGGCAGACGAUGAGCAUCGCGAGGCGGAGGGAGCCACGCAAAGCCGCUUGCUUCGUCCUCGCCCUCCUCCCUCGAGAAGCUCCGAUCCGGAGCCGCCGGUCCUAGGUCGGGAGUUGCAGCGGCAGAGAGGAGUGGGAUGGCGAUCGGAGCCGGAUCGGGGCAGGUAUUCCCGGGGCACUCUGCGGAGGACCUGUGGCGGUCGAACGCGGGUGGCGGAUGGGCCACCGCCGUUGCUCUGCUCGUCGUGCUCCUCUGGCAUUGCCGGAGGAGGCUGAGGAUCUUCUUUUCCUUCCUCUUCCGGUCUACUUCCCCCUCCACUUCCUCCUCCUCCUCCUCCUCCUCCUCCUCCUCCUCCUCCGGGUCUCCCCAAAUCAGCAGCGGAUUCUCCGAGAACGUGUGGGAAGAUGAUUUGAGGUUUCUGAUUCGGAAUUUGAAGGAGAGCCAUUGUGGAGAGAAGAGAUGGGAGGACGUUGUCCAGAAAAGGAACAGUCUGGUCUCAUACUCGGCCAAGUGCUGUAAACCUAAGGAUGGCCCCUUGAAAUACCUGAGCGUGACAGUAUUUGAGAAUUGCUCUCCUGAAUUGGUUAGAGACUUUUACAUGGAUAAUUUUUACAGGCAGCAAUGGGACAAAACUGUUAUUGAGCAUGUCCAGUUGCACUUGGAUGUAAACAAUGGAACUGAAAUUGGUCGAACAAUUAAAAAGUUUCCACUGUUGACAGCCAGAGAGUAUGUAUUGGCUUGGAGGCUGUGGGAGGACUCAGAUGGAGUUUUCUACUGCUUUACGAAGGAAUGUCAACAUCCCUCAGCACCACCGCAGAGGAAGUAUGUUCGUGUUAAGUACUUUAGAUCAGGAUGGAGAAUCAGGAAAAUGCCUGGUAGGAAUGCCUCUGAGAUUAGAAUGUUUCACCAAGAAGAUGCUGGUUUAAAUGUGGAAAUGGCAAAGCUGGCUUUCGCAAAGGGCAUAUGGAGUUACGUGUGCAAGAUGGACAGUGCGUUACGCAAAUACUCAUCGAGUCAUCUGCAACAUGGUUCAUCUGUCAGUGCUGUCACUUUUAUCCAGAAGGUACCUCGCGAACUACAAAUGUCAAGCGGCGGUAAUUCAUCAUCAGUGGCUGCAGCACCUUCAGUUCGUGUUGAGACAAUCACUGAAAAGAAGAAACUAUUGAGAAUACCAUCUAAGAAAGCACUUGCCAAUGGUUUUCUUCUUCUUGGAGGCGUCAUUUGCCUGACUCGUGGCCACUCUACACUUGGAGCUAAAGUAGCCAUCGGCUAUGUGUUGACGAAACUGAGUAAGCGCGGUGCUUCUUCCAGUCAAAGAGUGCGGAACUGAGGUGCUAUGACCUAAUAAAUCGCUGGAACCAUAUUGAAGGUGUAAAGAGCAAAGUACAUUUCGUAACAACACGAGGCUGAUAUAUAUUUGUAUGACGACCACUGAUUGGAUGACGCAGAAGAGGUGAAAAAGAGAGGUUAUGGGUUAGAAAACACAGAGCAAAAAGAGAAAGUGAUCCUUAUUUAUGUUUUCAUUGUGUUUGGUCAAAUGUAUGUAAUUACCUUCGAUCAAGACAUACCAAAUCUACACAACAGAAUUGUUGGCUUUUAUACACAAACAGCCCAUUUUAAAACUGCAUUCUCUGCACCGCAUUUAAUCAUUGAUGAUGUGUAAUCAUAUGAUACAGCAUUCUAAUGUUCUAA